AUGCAGUCCACUAUCGUCCUUGUCAACGCCCACAGCGACUGCCCUAAGUGUGGUGCCAGCAUCAGCGGUGACGCCAAGACUUGCGGAUCUUGCGGCAGCGUGAGUCACUCGGGAAUCUCAAAGUCGUAUUUAGACUUGUUAUCAUGUUGCUGA